AUGUACAUAGGCAUUCAAAUCCAUAGGUUCUACAUCAAGUGCACAAAAUGCUUGGCAGAGGUGAUAAUUAAGACCGAUCCAAAGAACAGUAGUUAUACUGUCGAAUCAGGUGCAACUUGCCUUUAUAAUGGAGUCGAGGAGAAGGAGAAGAGGCGUGAGGAAACUGAAAACGCAUUGGAGUCCUUAGAGAGGAGAACUGUGGUAUCUAAAAGAGAGAUCGAAGUUAUGGCUGCACUUGAUGAGGUUAAGUCUAUGAAGUCUAGACGAGCCUCCGUGAGCGUAGACUCCAUGCUUGAGGCUUUGAGUAGAAGAAAAAAACAAGAAGAAGAGAACGUGGAGGAAGAAUUGCUUAUCAAGUCGAUAAAAUUUGCUUCUGAUCACAAGCCUCUAGUGGUUAGUAUUGGGGCUAAAAGGCCGCGGGGGAAAAGGAGUUUUAUGUUUGACCGCCGCUGGAUUGGUAAGGCGGGACUAAUGGAUGCGAUUGCAUCAGGGUGGGACGGGGACUUGGUCCAGUGGCGUAAAUCACAAGUCCCAUACGGUAGGGAAACCAUUGAGGAUUUAAAGCGGCAGUUGGAGGUAGCUCUGGCGGAUGAUUCAAUUCCUCCUUCCACAAUCUCGGAUUUACAGAAUCGCUUACGUCAGGCGUAUGGGGAUGAAGAGAUUUAUUAG